CGAGCCGUGACAUCACUAAUAUGAACAGCUGAACAACAAUAAUCAUAUUUGGUUAAAAACAAUUAUGCGAAUAAACGCAGCCGCCUUAUAGCGCCCGUGCCACGCCCCCUGCGAUGCGAACAGGCGACCACGCCAAGGUGUCGCCACGAAUCCAGCAAGCAAGGAGAACCCAAGCCAAGAGUCCGGAGUCCCCAGUACGGAACACCCAGAAAUUCCGGGCAGAAACACAAUAAAAACAUGUCUACGGAGGAGCAUGUGUGGCGAGCGCACGUCGUGCGGCGUUUACGCGAGCGGAAUCGCAAGGAGUGCGACAACUUCAAGGAGAUCAUCGAGCAAAACAACCGACUGAUUGACCAUGUGGCGCAGCUCAAGGCGGACAACCUGAAGAUCUCCGUCGAAAACGAGCAGCUCCGCAACGCAGUGUCAACAGGUGGCACCGGCUCCAACGUGGCCAUCGCCACCCUCGAGAAAAAGCUGCUCAGCCAGCAGGAGGAGCUCACCGAGCUGCACAAGCGCAAGGGCGAGAACUCCCAGAUGAUCGUUGACCUCAACCAGAAGGUCGAGCAGCAGAGGAUCAUCAUUUCCGAGAAGGAGCACAGCCUCGUCGAACAGCAGACGAACAACAACCGAUUGCGCGCGGAAGUGCAGCUACUUCACUCGAGUUUGGAGGAGCUCAAGAAACUGAACAACACCAUGUUGGAUGAGCAUACAGCGCUUCAAUUGGCAUUUAGCUCCCUCGAGGAAAAGAUGAGAGGAGUGCAAGAUGAAAAUCGACGUCUCCUGGAGCGACUUAUGCAAUACAAGUCGAAGGAUGCCGACAAGUUGAACGAGGAAAACGAAAGCAUAAUUAGAAAAAGACUGCCGUCAAUUUUCAGGAAACGUUCGGCUAAACUGAAACGUGACCUAGAAGACGCGGUCCGUGAGCCCAGCUCGUCCAGCAACACCGCCUCCUCGCCCGGCGCCGCAUCCUUGCAGCGCAACUCCAGUCCCGCCCAGUUCGUUGGCGGCCUCAUCGGCGACGAGGACUUCGACGAGGCCGCGAUUAAUGGCGCCAUGGAAGCCAUAGGUCUCGAUGAUAAUGAAUAUAUAAGCGCUCGUUUUACAGCAGGCGAUAUAGCCGAGAACUCCCGGGCUUCCAUCGACACCCUGAAGGCCACUGGCUACCUGGGCCAGGCCAAUCCCACCAAGAUCCUCAUGAAGUUCGAGGCACACGAGAACGAGUCGCAUGCGGUGCGCUGGAGUCCCGUGGAGCGCAUGGUGGCCACUGGUGGCGCUGAUCGCAAAGUCAAACUUUGGGAUAUUGGCAAAAAUUCCACUGAACCACGCGCAGUUCUCAGCGGAAGCAGUGCUGGGAUCAACUCCGUGGAUUUCGAUUCAACAGGCGCCUACAUCUUGGGCACCUCGAAUGACUACGGAGCCAGAGUAUGGACGGUGAUGGACAAUCGCUUGAGACACACGCUGACGGGUCACAGUGGCAAGGUGAUGGCCGCCAAAUACGUCCAGGAGCCCAUCAAGGUGGUGACCGGAAGCCACGAUCGCACACUGAAGAUCUGGGAUCUGCGCAGCAUCGCCUGCAUAGAGACCAAGUUUGCCGGCUCCAGUUGCAAUGAUCUCGUCACCACCGACAGCCUCGGAUCGACGAUCAUCAGUGGGCACUACGAUAAGAAGAUCCGGUUCUGGGACAUACGCACGGAGAAGCAGGCGGACGACGUCUUGAUGCCGGCCAAGAUCACCUCCCUGGAUUUGUCAAAAGAUUGCAAUUACCUCAUAUGCUCUGUAAGAGACGAUACUAUUAAACUGUUAGAUUUACGCAAGAACCAAGUUAUAUCCACGUUUACAAACGAACACUUUAAAAUCAGCUGUGAUUUUGCUCGGGCCUCUUUCAACUCGAGCGGCCUGAAGAUUGCGUGCGGAUCGGCGGAUGGCGCUAUAUACAUUUGGAAUGUGAAUGGUUUCCUAGAAGCCACACUCAAGGGUCACAGCACCGCCGUAAACGCGGUCAGUUGGAGUCCCAACAACAACCUGCUGGCCUCCGUGGGAAAGAACAAGCGCUGCACCAUCUACUCGGAAUCAUAGCCCUAAUGUUGCCAUACUACACACGUCAUUCGAGUCAGUCGGUUGCAAUUGCAAUCAGAAUCAGAAUCAGAUGUUGCAAUUCCGAAACUGAAACGCUUAAUUCUGCAGUCUGCAGUCACUGCAAUCACAACGGCCAUGCGGAGUCUGCUGUAUAUAGUAAAUUCGGUUAGCGAGCGAUCGGCGUACGUCCAGAGCCGACCUUUUAAUAACUUUACUUGAUUAUUUUAUUUAUACUUGAAUCGGAUAUAGUAUGCAAAUUGUAUCAAUUCAUAUAAAGCAGUAGUCGUAAGUACAUGUUUUCCUAUUGUAAAAAUAAACACACACAUAUAUGGGGUUGCAUAUACGAGCAAUCUAAGCAAA